UUCCACUUCCAAAUCUCUCUCCCCAAAACUUCCAGGCCCUGCGUCAACUCCAACGCCGUCGCCGUGGCUUCGCUCGCUGGAUUAUUUGGUGGGACCUUUCAGUUCAGGUUCAGUCGUGUUCGUAACGUCGUCGAGUUGAAACCGGAAGAGCCAGGCAGAUUCUCCCAGCUACAUAUACAUAUGAGCAGGCAGCAGCAGCAGCAGCGGCAGAGCAGAGAGCAAAUCGGUGCAGUCUUAAAAACGGAAGUGUAAUCCAAUUUGGCCUAUGACAAUACAAACGCACUUUCUUCGCUACGCAUUGUCCAGGUGCGUGUGCGUGUGAGUGUGCGUAUAGAGAGAGCAAGCGAGAGGUGAAAUAUUUAGGUUUAAAGGCCAGGCGCGUGUGUGUGACCCAUGAGAAGUUGUUAAAAAUAAGCAACGCCAAUCGCCGGAAAUCGAAAGAAGAGAAGCCCCCACGCGCGUGUGUUUAAUUUGUAUUUUUGGCACUUUGGUUGGCAAACAGCAAAAGCAUUUCCCUAUGAUUGGCUCAUUCUGGAAUCUGUGCAGAGCGUGCCCAUCAAUGCCGGUAGACAAGCUCCACUCGGAGUAUCGGAGCACUUAUCGCUGGCAUGAAUUUACGGGCAACUCGCGGCCAGAGGUUGUGCGACGGGCGCCUGCCCCAAACCCAAGUCAAUUCGUUGGAGCGACAAAUGAGCCGCCAUUGCCGCGCCGGAAAAAAUGCCCAGAAUUAGCAUAUAAAUCGCACGAGUUUAUUAUAGGAUCGGAGUAUACAGAUGGACGCCGGGAUGCCAGUGCACAUCGUUUGGCGAGAUCGGAGGAGCGCGGUGGCACACCUUCGCGCCGCAGCAAAUCGGAGGGACCACCCGUUGUGCCCAAUGGACGUGCCUAUCCCAUUGCCACGGAGAUCGACGGAACCACAAGAAAACAGGCGGCUACUCUACAUGAGUUGGAGCCCUUGGUUAGCGAUACGGAUGAUAGAAAAACGCACGAGAAACAAGUGACCAUUGUGGAGCGCAAGAUCACCUCGCGUCCCUUCUCGCAGGCCAUCGACCAGGAGCGUCUGAACCAUUUCAUCACGAAAAAGGAGAACUUUGGCUUCGCCGAUGCCGCCGUGGCCGCCGCGGCCCUCAAGGACGAGGUGGACAACAGGCAGCAGGUGGGCGAAUCCGGCCAGGUGGUGGUCAUGAACGGCUCCGCCCCGCCGCACUCGAAACCGAAUUUGGAUUUGUGGUUCAAGGAGAUGGUGGAGCUGCGCAAAAAGGCCGGCGAAUACAAGUGUCGCGGUUGGGGCAUAGAAAUUGACCCGGAAUUGUAUAAGAAACAGAAGGAUCUAUGGGAUCAGGUUUCAAAGCGCAGCUCACUUUCGGCACUUUCCCUAGCUUCGUCUGUUCAUAGACCCAUUACAAAGGAGGAGAAGGAACAGGAGAACAAUAAGAAGUCCACGCCAUUGCAGAAGGCCCAGAAGCCCCGUGUUCCUGGUCAAGCCUUUUUGAUUGAUAAUAAGGAUGAGAUUUCAGCACUGCCAGCACGCUUUAGCAAUAUACGCCAUCACCUUGAACGCACCACAGGACCGGAUGUGGAAGAGGGCGCUUUGUUGCCCUCGCCUACGCGGGAGAAGCUGAUGCCAGCUAUUACCAAGCGGGAAUCGGAGUCCCAACGAGGAAGUCCUAAGAAGACCGCCUUGUCCAGGCACGGAUCGCCCCAGAAGGGCAGUCCACAAAAGGGCAGCCCCAAGAAGGUCCUUAAAUCCCGGUCCCAAUCGGCGGGUCCGGGCGUUGCUGAGAAUGAGUCACCGAAGCGGCAGAUCCGGUCGGCGAGUCAGGCGCCCAGCAGCCGUAAAAAGACGCCGACAACCGGAAGCGGAAGCGAACGCAAGGCACGCCCAUCCACCCUAUCCACAACAUUCCAAUCCCGCAUUAAAAGUAGUUCCUUGCCACCGCCCAACGGUAGAGUAGGCUCAGCGCCGCCAGCCGCAGCAGCAUCAGCAUCUGCAUCAGCAUCAGCAGCCAAAUCAGCAUUAAACGCUAAUCAGGCUCAUGCUAAUCAAUCACAAUCAUCACAUGCCAAGAGCGGUAGCAUCAGCGGCAGAAUUUCAAAACCAUCGGCCACAUCCGCCCAACAGCAGCAACAGCAACAGCAACAGCAACGGCAACAGCAACAGCAACAGCAAAUGCGUAAGAAAGACAAAGAUAGAUCGAAUAGUAGUUGCAUUGGCAGUGGUAGUCAUGUUGGUGCUGGUAGCGGUAGUCAAGCAAAUAGUGUCAAGCAUCUGCAGAAUAAGCAAAAGCAACAACAACUACAGCAGCAACAGCAACAGCAGCAACAAAAGCAACAACAGCAACCGCCACAGCAACAGCAAAAGCAGCAGCAACUCGAUGUUGCAGCAGCAACAGCAGCAGCAACAUCGGCAGCUCCCCAAAACCCAACCCGGCCUGCCACCAUCAACAUCAAACGGCUCACGGUACCAGGUCAGGAUAGAAAAUUGGCUGAAAACGAGGGCGAGGAUGGUCGUGAGACUGCCAUUUCCAUUUCCAGCUGCAGUCCCCAGCCCCCGGUGCCGGAGGUGCCCGAGGAGCCCCUGGUGAAGUCCCCACCAGAACCGACCCGGGUCAAGUCCCCGGAGCAGAUCAUAAUGCGCUCCCCCGAUCCAGUCAACUGGACGGUGCCGCUGGAUACUGGCAAAACCUUUACGGUGACGCAGAAUGUCAAAGAUGGGGAGAACUACAGCCGACCUCAGAGCGAGAUUAAAGCCUCGACACCGGUGGAGAAGCCCCCACCGCCACCACAAUCGGCUCCGCCACAACUAACCGAACAGGCUAAGAUGGACGCCUGGAAGUCCUGCAGUCCAACCACCAGUGCCGCGGUCUACGGCAAAACGCUGACGCCCCAUGCCACACCCACCGGCCAGCCGGGCGGGGCGGUGCGCUGCACUGUCGCCCAGGAUCAGCCGCCUCAGCAGCCGGAUCCUGCGAUGUCGUCAUCCUCGUCGACGGGCACAGCCUCCACCGCCCGGACUACUGCCGCCGAGGUCCUGGAGAAGGCUCGCGACCGAUUCGAUCGAUUCUGGGGCAGCAGCAGCGCCAGCAAGGAGGAGAGCGUCUAGAUCCGAGAACCGAGAUCCUUGAUCCUGGAUCCUAGACCGGCACUCAGUGCUCUUCAAGUGCAAAAUGUAUUCCCCGGGCAGUUAAUUGGCCCUGUAAGCAAGCAAUUAUAAUACGUAAUAGACGUUAUGCAAUACCUAAUCAUGUACACCAUCUAUCCUAUCUAACAGCCUGAUUACACUGCGACACAGUUCUCCAUUCACAUUAAUUUACUGUACCUGUCAGUAAAUCAAAUAAGGUUGCCCUCAAUGUCUGAAGUCCAUUAUUAUAUUUUAAUAAUGCAUAUUUUCAAUUCAAUGUUACAUCAAAAAUCAAUUUAAAUUAGUAAUAUCUUUGUUGGACUCGAUAAAGUACCUUACUAUGUAUUUAUAUUUAUGUGUGUUAUAUCAUACAGUUGAAAUGAACAUCCGAAAAUCAAUACUGUUAUAAUUUAUUAGAAAAACGUAAUAGAAAUUUUGAAUAAUUUUUAUUAGUUUAUUUUAUAUUACAUUGUAACUGUGGAUAAAUGUGUCGCAGUGAAAUCAAAGCAUUUAGGGAGUCCCGCAACGACUUGGCUUGAAUUUGAAGCUAAAUUCGCUUUUGGUUUCCUAGUUAAACUGCUGCAAGCAAAUCUAAUCUGGCCAAAAGUCAUCUAACGACACGAGCAUUACACAAAAAUUAAUUUAUGUAAGACACUUUCACUGCCUCAACCCAAACCGAAUACGAAACCGAACUCAAACCAAUGUUGUAUACUUUGAAAUUCACCCAGAGAACUUUGCAAUAUUUCGAUAUCAUCCAAUCAUACAAAAAAUAUUCAAAUGGGACAAACAUCACCGCAAAGACCCGUCCAAGAAGUGAGUCCAUUCGAUUCGACAAGAGAUAUACUCACAUUUUUGUAGCUUUCAUUAGAUGAGCAACCGUAUAUUUGGGUAAUGCAUAAGGUGAUCUAAGCUAAACUGCUGAUCCGUCAGAUACCAAAAGUUGAAAAUAGAUUUUGCACAUGAACUACAAAGGGAAUAUACCAAAAAAGACAACAUGAUGUUAAGAAUAAUUUAAGACACACUUUGGCUAAUAAAAACUUAAGGCAAGAGAUGGUUAAAACAUAGCGACACCCUACAGAAAACACCAGCAAAACAUACUAAUACUACACAAAAAAUGCGAAACAAUGAGAUUAUGCUUUGAAAAGCUGUGAAACUAGUUUCAGACAUGCCUACAAUUCUUAUAUAACUAUUAUGUGAAUGUGAAAAUAGUCGACAAACAAAAUGAAAACACGUUGAUCAAACAAAAUGGAAAGACCUAAUCGAUUUAAUCAUGUUUUGAGUAAAAUUAGCGCUUAAUAAUUAAGACAAAUGCUUCCCGGUGGGCAAUAGCUUUGAGAAAGUUGAUGUUACUUUAACAAACAUUUUGUUGGACUUGGUUUUUCGAAUCUCUCUCAGUGUAGACAAUGUUUCAGUACAAACCAAAUACCGAUUCAAACUCAGUUUGGCAGAAACUUUUCUUUUGCGUAUGAGAAAUGCUUGAAUUUAAACCUUUCCUAGGAAUAAACAAAAUAAUAAUACAAAAUCGUGUAAGCUGAAGUUGAAUUCCAUUACCCAUAAGUUAUGUGAUUAACUUCAGUAUUGAGCUUACUUGUUGCUUGCCUAUAUAUAUUUUAAUAUAAAACUCAAAUAAACCAAACAAAAAAAUGAAGAAGGAAAGUAACGCCACUUUAAUGGUAUUUAUUAAACAGUUGAGUAUUUUUAUAUGUUUUUCAUGAAUGGACCCGUUUGUUAGUUGAAAUCGAUGAGUUGAUCACUGAAUCUUAUAGUUACCAAAUAGUCACAAUGCAUAUUGUCAAGACCCCUAAAACGCAAAAUGUUUAUUACGCUCAGUCUUAAAAUGGUCACCGAUUCGAUCAAUCAAAUGUAUUAGUUAGAAAUAAAAAAGAAGCUAAACUAACUAAACUCUGGCAAUCUCAAAAACCCUAAAAGAAUCUUAAAAACCUUAAUGAAAAGAAACAGGAAAUGCACACUCACAUACACAAACAGAAUUAAUUUCCAGUUGCAAUUAAAGAAAAACGGUAACCCAACUGAAUGGUAGACUCUUGAACUCAUUUAGUUUUAAAUAUCGUACUUAACAAAUUUUAGGCAACUUUAAUACGAAUCUACUUAAGAACGAACUUGAUAUUAAUUCUAGCUUGUUUACAAAAGGAUAUAAAAUGAUUAACGAGACAGAAAACAAAAACCUAAACAAAGUAUACCCUCAAAACGAUUCCAAAAUAGGCGCACUAAACGGUUUUCCUUCAACAGCAGUGAAAAAGAAAAUCGAUUUUUAUAAACACUUAUACGAAAGUCAAACAAAUAAAUAUUUUCAAU